ACCAAGUUCGUCGAAAACGAGUCAAAAGUGGUGCGGUGCCUAGAUAUUUCGGCUUAAACGAAAUAAGACUGCAUUUUUAUUUAUGUAAACUUCCAACGUUCUACAGGACUGUCUUCGGGGAAGAUUUUAAAUUAAAAGUAUAUAAAUAAUAUAGGAAAUAUGUUCAGUUACAAAAGAGCUUCUUUAAUGAUUUUGAUUUGCUAUAGUUUUUACAAUCCAACUGAUAGCGGUGCUGUACAAAUUACACAGAGCAAUAUAGAUAUGGUACUAGCGUCGAAUGAAGUUGUGUUUAUAAAUUUUUAUGCCGAAUGGUGCAAAUUUAGCAAUAUGUUGAUGCCUAUUUUUGAUGAUGCGGCUGAAGAAGUGACUAAAGCCGGGUACGACACUGGCAAAGUCGUAAUGGGGAAAGUAGACUGUGACAAGGAAGCCAGUAUUGCCACAAGAUUUCAUAUUUCAAAGUACCCUACCCUAAAACUUUUCCGCAAUGGAUUACCAGCUAAGAAAGAAUAUAGAGGUCAACGGUCUGUUGAAGCUUUUGCAGAAUUUAUAAAGAAACAGCUGACAGAUUCGAUCAUAACAUUCUCAUCUCUGAAGGAACUCCAGGAACUUACUGAAGAUAAAAGGCACAUAAUUGGAUACAUGGAUAGACGAGACCAACCUGAAUAUGAGAUGCUUAGAAAAGUAGCUGCCAAUCUUAAAGAUGAGUGCAUAUUCCAUGCUGGCUUUGGAGAUGCAUCACAACAAAUGCAUCCUCCAGGUCAACCCGUUGUUGUAUUUAGAGCUGAUACAAAGACUUCCACGGAGCCUGAUGAGACCUUCCGUGGAAAUUUACUCAACUUUGAUGAAUUAUACCACUGGAUUCAACAGAAAUGCAUCCCUGUUGUUAGGGAGAUAACAUUUGAAAAUGCUGAGGAGUUGACUGAAGAAGGAUUGCCUUUCUUAAUCUUGUUCCAUCAUCCUACUGAUUCAGAAAGUGUAAAAAAGUAUAAGGACAUAAUUAGCCGGGAACUGCAAGAUGAAAAAGAAAAAAUAAAUUUCCUGACCGCUGAUGGUUUACGUUUUGAACAUCCUCUGCAUCACCUUGGCAAGUCUGUGUCAGAUUUACCUUUGAUUGCCAUAGAUUCCUUCAGACACAUGUACCUGUUCCCCAACUACAGUGAUAUGGAAAUACCUGGAAAAUUAAAAGAAUUUUUACAAGACCUGUAUUCAGGCAAGUUACACAGAGAAUUUCACUAUGGACCUGAGAACCCACAAGUUACAAAUGAUAUCAAAGUUACAACUCCUCCGGAAUCAACUUUCAAGAAGCUAGCUCCAUCUAAGAACCGAUACACCCUUCUUAGGGAUGAGUUAUAAGAACUAUUACUAUUUACAUAGAUCAGUUUGCCACUAAAAGAUGAUAAUCUAUAUGUUUUCCUAUCUAGAUUUUAUGUUUCACUAAUUUGCACUUUUGUCUUUUAUUAUUAUUUAUUACGAAUUUUUUUUUUAUCUGUUAUCUGUUACAGAAAAAAAACUUAUUCCCAUUGACAAUUUGUAUUAUAUUGCAAAAUGUACAUAUAUUACGAAUAUUUAAAAUUUACAGUUUGUUUAGAUAUAUUUGAUAUUCAAUAUUUUAGUUUAAUAAAUUGUGUCCAUAACUGAAAUUAAUCCAUUUGUAUUAAAACGAUAAUAUUAAAUCAUUUUAAUUCACUUAAAAAAAAUUAUCAUUUAAAAGUUUUCUGUAGCUCAUUUAAUUUAUUUAUAAGAUCAAAAUGACCAUUUAUUAGAUACUUAAUAUACCUGUUUAAAUUAAGUUUUUUUUAUUGCAAUUUAUUGGUGCGGUUUCGGUAUACAAUCUAAACGAGUUCAUAUAUGCUUUGUAAACCCAUACAUAAGAUAGGGGUGGCAAAAUUAUUAGACAUUAGAUUAGAAUGUGUACAACGGAAUCAACCCUAAUGUCUCAGCUUAUCUAUUGUUAUCUGUUUUUAAAUUUCUCAUUACAUAACAAUAUAAAAUUCGUAUAGUUUGUUUCAAUAGAAUUAGUUGAACAUAGAAAUAAAUAUUAAGGAGAUUUUAACAAGUUUGUACAUAUUCUUUUGAAAUUAACCACAGACUUCUAUAGUUAAUAUAUACAUAUUUUAUCAUUAACAAGGAAGUAUUUUAUAAUUGUAUUAUAACAAUAAAUAACUAUAAAUGUAUUUCAAUUCCAUAUUGAUUAUCUAAUAUCUAUGUUCUCAUAAUAUAUGACUGACUAAUACAAUAUGAUGUACAAGAUUGUCUGUAAAAGGUGGAUACUUACCCAGCCUAUUCGUGUAGUUUAACAAUAUAAAUGCGAAUAUUACUUCAGUAAUUAUGAUGAACAUUGCAUUGCUCGCAUUUGAAAUCUUCUCCUCGCGACAUUUGCGUGAUAAUCUGUGCCAUCUUGACACAACCUGAAUAACGAACGAUGGAUUUUCGUUAAUAUUUUUCAAACUGUCAAUUUAUAUACGUGUUGUGACCGAUUAUUCUUCGUGUCUUCUCUACCACAUAUAACACUGGCAGAAUACUUUGAGCGUUACUAGAGAAAAUAUGCAAAUAAUAAUUUAAAAAAAAACUAAUAAUAUGAUUGAUUGUUUUUUUUAAUUUUAUUUUUAAACUUUUAAAUUUCCAAUUGGACGUCAAGUUUAAGUUUUUUUUUAAACUAUACUUAUACGCUCAAAGUGUUAUGUCAAAUUACUUAAUGGGUUAAUCUUGCAUUAUGAUACUUAAAUGUUACAGUAUCUAUUAUAAAAAAAAAAAUUAUUGUAAAGCUAUAUAUGUGUAGUCAGUUUUAAUUUUAUUGGUCAUUUAAUAAUGAGUAAUAUUUCGGUGUCUAAAAAUUGUUUUGGAAUGUUUCUAUUAUACAUUUUAUUUAUUUAUACAUAAAAUAAAUAGCAAAAUAUAUUUAAAACAUUGAAAAUAGUUAUUUUUAAUAAUUUAAUUAUAGUAAUUGUUGCUAGUUUUAAUUAUGCUUUGCUUGGAUCUAAUUAAAUAAAGUUGUUCUAUUAUACAACGUAAUCUUACGUUUAAAAACCAUUAAAGUAACUUCCAGAGUAGCGAAGUCUCAUGCUCAAAUAAUGUUAUAUUAUUGCUGUUAUAUAUUUAUUUGCAAUUGAACUUGUUCAGUUAAAUGUAUCGGUAUGAACAUUUAAAAAUAACUGGUGCCAGAUCUAUAUGUAGGUGCCACACUUACGCAAGUUCCAUACACAGUGAUACUUUGGUGUUCCUGUAAUAAGGCGAGUCAGUAGUUAUUCCACGACACCAUUGGCAGCACAAGAUAUGGCAAGUGUGAACAUUCCUGGUACCCGUCAUUUGUUUUUCACCCGUUACAAUAGUAUAAAAGUGGUACAGCAUGAAAUCAAUUUUAAUUAUUCCUAUUAAAACCUUAUUUGUUUUCAGUGGGAACAUUCCUAAAUCCGGAAACAGUUUAGUUAAUAUUUACUUACUUUAACGGUGUAUGAUGAAAAAAUAAUGUACAAAAUGUAUGUUUUGUGACGUGUGAAUAAACUUUUUGAUCCUCAGUAA